AUGUUUGUCAAAUCAUCCGUCCUCUUCUUUGCUGCCGCUUUGACCGCGGCAUACGCAGCCCGGAUCCCAAACCCUCACAACUACGGGACCGUGACAACCGCGGAGCACGUCCACGGUGACGAGGGCCGACAGUUCCUGGUCACGGAUAUCAUCAAGCCACACGUCCUGGCUGGGUUCCAAGCCAACUUCUUCUCCAAUUCAUGCAAUAAUGGCUUCAUCGGCCAGGUCACUGGGUCGGGCGGCGCCACCUGCGUCCAGUCGAUUCCUGGAACCAAGGCCAUCGCGCUUCUCAGCCAGCCAGCGGGAUGCGAAGUGACGGUGUAUACGGACGAGAACUGCAGCAACGGCGCCACACUGCUUACCGUUGGACAAUGUCUCCAGGAAACCGAGACCGGCAUUCCGUCGUAUUCCAUUGAUGGUAAUUGCUAG